GAUUGAAGCCACGGCCCAGACGAACAGGCUUCUCAACAGAGCCCUCCGGGAUUUGUGCCAUGUGGGAUCGUAUAUAAGGCAGCUCGUUGACCUGCCAUCAUGUCAAGAUUUCUUCUUAUCAGCAUCACAUAUUCGAGGACAGUGGACGUUGAUCGUACAUUGAACCCAACAAACCGACCAAUUGUCUUUCCUUAAACAACCGUCUACUUUUUUCCAACAUGAAGCUUUCCCUCCUUUCCCUCGCCACUCUGGCCUCGGCUGCUACCCUCCAGCGCCGCAGUGACUUCUGUGACCAGUGGGGAUCCGUCACCGCCGGUGACUUCACCCUGUACAACGACCUCUGGGGCCAGGACUCCGGCAGCGGCAAGCAGUGCACUGGUGUUGACUCGUACAGUGGCGACAAGAUCGCCUGGCACACCAACUGGUCCUGGUCUGGUGGCAGCAGCAACGUUAAGAGCUACGCCAACGCGGCUCUGAAAUUCACGCCCAAGCAGCUGAAGAGCAUCUGCAACAUUCCUACCACCUGGAAGUGGUCAUACUCCGGCUCGAACAUCGUUGCCGACGUGGCUUACGACACAUUCCUGGCCGAAUCGCCCAGCGGCUCCUCCAAGUACGAGAUUAUGGUCUGGCUUGGUGCCUUGGGCGGUGCUGGCCCCAUCUCGUCGACUGGCUCGACCAUCGCCACCCCGACGCUGGCCGGCGUCAACUGGAAGCUGUACUCCGGCCCCAACGGUGACACCACCGUCUACAGCUUCGUCGCUUCGUCCACUACCGAGGACUUCUCCGGUGACCUGAAUGACUUCUUCACCUAUCUGAUUGAGCACGAGGGUUUGUCCAAGGACCUGUACCUGACUACCCUCGAGGCUGGUACCGAGCCCUUCACUGGCUCCAACGCCAAGUUGACCGUCUCCGAGUACACCAUCUCCAUUGAGGAGUAAAUUCAAACCUCGAGUGUUGCGGAUGGCCGACCGUAUGGCGCGGACGGAAC